CAAAACGGAAUACAAAAAUGCAGGCGGAGCGUCGUUUUUCUUUUGAUUGGAAAACCUCGAAGCCGGAGUAGAAAGCGUGCAACGUGUAAAAGUGGAGCACAUGCAGCUGGGCUUAUCAGCAGCAAGUAUAUAGAAAAAUGGCCACAACCUUUGCAGGCUCAAAGUUCUCGAGUCAUGUUCUAGUGGAAGAAGAGGGGGAGGAGCAAGAGGAAGAGGAGGAGGAGGAUUCCGCCGAGUCCGGUUCCACGUCGUCGUUCAGUUUGCAGGAGUGCAUCGAUGAGUUCAGGGCUCGACGCAUUCGCAGGGUGUCCACCCAAAGUCGCGACUGCGAGACCAACAACAAUAACAACAACAUGCCUAGGCAGCCGCCCCGAACUCGAAGGACCACGGAUGCAGACUUAAUCAACCAGAAUCGGUGUAACAAGGAGCAGGAGCGCAAGGGCAAGCCCUGCCAGAAUGGUUUCUGCUACUGCUUCACUAGCGACAGCGGGGAUUGUGGCUCCACGGCGCCGCCACGUGACCAGCACGUGCGAUUACCUCGGCGCAGCAGGCGUUCCGAGACCUCUAAGCCCGCCAAGCAGAACAAUCUAGGCAGCCAGCGACAGCAGGCGGACAAACGCCGUCAGAGCGAGCCGGCCAACAUAAAAUCCAGCUUCAAAUCUCCUCUAACCGCUGUCAGUCGCUUGAGAGCCGUUGGCGGCGACGAUGAACCCCUCAUCCACAUCAUCCAGGAGCUGCACGACAACUGUGUGGUUUCCGAAGUGCGCGUAAAUCGCCAAAAGCUGCCAGUUUCGGGCUCCAACUGCCGGCACAGGAAUUCUCAAACCGUGAAAGGCACUACCAAGAUGCUGUCUUACGAGCCCAUAGCCUACAAACCCUCGGCUCCUGUUUUGUCCAACAUCAGCGAGCAGGAAUCAGCUGUGGAGGAGGAACAUGAAAAUGAAGUAGCGCCAACAGAGCCCGAAAGUCGUAGGAGCUCCCGUUCCCGUCGAAGUUCCGGUGGAGGAGGACGACUUCUGCAAAAACGUCUCUCUCUGGGCCAAGUCAACUUCAAGACACGCGAUUCUCAGCAGCCGCCGCCGAAGCCACCGCGGCGCAGCUCCCAAAGUUUAGAUGGCAAGCUCUCGCAAUCCUCGCUCACAUCCACGAAUCCUUCGGUACGAGAAGCGGAGCGAGUCCUUGACGAAUUUCUACGCAAACGUGGUGUUCAAGUUCCUGGUAGUAAGGUAGACUCUUCGCGCAGAAAGGACGGCCAGCGCAGAUCUUAUCCCAUGGCUGAGGUGGAGAAACCAAGGAGUCACAAACAUCUGCCCACAUGCCCCUCACUCAGCGACCUUGAGCGCGUUGUGGAGUCCAAGCGGGGCUCGAAUUAUGCCCGGAAUAUACGGCAGGAGAGCAGCCGGAAAAGUGGGCCAGCUAAGGAGAUAAUUAUUGGCUGGACGGAGCCCAAAAUCACCGAUAUGCUGAACUACGAGGGAAAGUCAGCCAGCGAAUUUAGGACGCAAGCUCCCUCAGCGGAACCGCAAGUGGCCCUUGGAUGGCAACUGCCUAAAGCACAACCACAGCCUGUUGUUCCAAAGGUUUCCUUGGACACCGUGGAUGGCAGUAUGAGCGAGAACUUAGCAUCAAAUAUGCUGCAGAAAGACACACCCAUCAAAUAUCCCAGUCGAGAUGGGAUAGCAGGCGGUCAGGCCAGCCAGAAAUUCAUCUGGGGCGAGCAGUGGCGAAAUCUUUCACCUUGGAAGGGUAAUAAGUCGAAAAACAUAGGAACCAAGUCCAAAAACUUCCUAAAUACCUCCAAAAAGAAGAUCCUGCGCUUCGUAUCGCCCAAGAAAUCGAAUCAACAGGAGAAUCCGAGGGAGGAUCAAAUCAAAAUCACUCCCAAACAGUGCACUGUUGGUGUGCAGACCUCCACUUCCCGAUUGGAUCUGCACUCCCAAUCUCCGCCGGGCAGCUACCACUCGCCCAUCCAAACCACGCCCUCGGCAACGACCACAUCUACUCGUCAGCAGUUGGAUAGGGAGCAGCCCUACUUUGAUUUCGAGCGCAAGGUGGAUGCUCCGACGCCUCCAAAGAAGCUGCCCCGUGCCAAUAGAGCUCGAAAGCUGGACUUUCAAACGGAGGCGACACCCACCACGUAUCGCUCGUUUCACAAGGACCUCGAUCAGGACGUGACCAUCACCAAGAUGGGCUAUCUGCUGAGCAGCAUUCGAGCCAAGCUGGAGGCCAGUGAUGAGCGGGCAUUGCGAACUUUCCGGGACUGCUCCCGCUUCAAUCCUCAUGAGCGAAGUCAUCUUCAAACUGAGAGCUUCGACUGCACGGACGGACCCAGCAGCCUAGUUACCACAUCUGUGGCUACUACACGUCUACAAUGUGAUCUCGACAGCGAACCCAUUUACUCGGAGAUCGAAGAGGAUUGCUUGCGGAUUAGGGGAAGUCCACACCACGAAGUUAGGACCGCAGCGAGGAUAAUAAAUCCGACUCCGACUCCAACGGAAAAUUCCACAACGUAUGUGAGUGAGUCUAUGCCGGAUCCAUCGCCUUCGCCCGCUGAUAUCAGUGCUAUGUACGCCAGGGUGCAGAAGACACCGAAGAACUCACCUCAGAUAAAGUCAACUGCUGUCCAGUCAGAGAUAAUUGUGCAGGCUGCUCAGCCACAGAUAAUUGCUAAGCCCCAUUUAAUUCCAACUGUUAUCCAGCCCCAGAUAAUUAAUCAGGCUGUACAACCCAAGAAUAUCAUUCAGCCUAUGCAACCGCAGUUAACCACCCAGGCGACUCAACCUCAAUUAAUGGCUCCCAAUCAGCCUGUGGCCUUGGGACACUUUCUACAAGAAUCCAUGAAGAACGGCAACUUCUUUCAGUUCAUGCCACUGCCCGAGGAACCCAGCGGUAAUGACUCCUCCUGCUCAGCCAGUCAGACCACUGAGUCCUCUGUGGUUUGCCAGCCCAAGCUGAAGUCGCCAUCUCCACUUACCCAUCAUUCCCUGAACAACAUCAGUGAGAAGCAUUCACCACCAAAGAAGAAUCGAAAUCUCUCCCGUUCGGAACUUUCCCUGCAGCGUAGCGAGAUCUUUCUGGACAAUCUGUGUCGCAGUGAACUGGUGCUGGAUCGACCGGAAAAAGUGCACAAUACCAGUUCCAAUUUGGAUUCCGUUUCGUAUGAUAUGCCCAACGAAGGCGUCGACGAGUUGUAUGCAGAUUACAGCUUGGGUGAGGCGGGCAGUGCCGGUAGCUCCUUUGUGACCAAUGAUUAUGGCUCUGGACAAAUUGAGCCGGAGCUGGCAAACCAGAGCACGCCGAAAAAGAAGCAGAGCCAGCGGUUCACAACCAAGCCCUCGCGCAAUCUGACCAUAGAUAUAAACGAUGGCCCAGCCACGUCGCUGCGUCAGUUUGGCCAGAAUCUCAGCUUCAGUUGCCCCACAACUCCUCAGCAGGCAGAGGCGGUGCAAGUGGUGGAUCCCUCUGGCCUCCACAACAGCAGCAGUUUGGGUGAGCUAAUGCAGACGGUGCCCAUUCCCAGUGACAGCCAGCUGAUGUCGGUCAGCACUCUGGCCCGCUACCGCCUGCUAAAGAAUGCCCUGCGUCGCUCGUAUCGCAAGGGAAAGGACUUCUUUCUGGCGGAGAAGCAGCGACUAACUCAGAGCUUAAAUCUCUCAAGGGAUCAGUCCAAUCAAACGGAAGGGGAGCUGGAAAGCAGCACCUACUAUGCUAGCUUCAAUUUAGAUUCCCUGCUGAAUGAGUCUUUAAACCCCAAUGACCAGUUGGCUCAGGCUGUGAGUAUAUGCCGCCAGAUGCCUGAGCUCGAGAUUUCUGCGGAGAUGGUGGAGGCCGAGCGACUGCUGCUCUUCUCCAGCCUGCGAAAGUCGGCUCCACUUGGUUCGCAAUUAAAUGAGGAAGCUCUGGCUGCACGGAGGCAAUCGCAGUGUCUUCUGAUCGAUGCAAUGGAACUGCCGGUGAGGGCGGACGUCAGUCAGGAUAUGUUCUUCAAUUAUCAUUACAUCUGCACCUUCGAGUGCGGAGGACGCAUUCGCUCCACUCAAUCGGUGGAGUGCCAGAAUGGGUCCGCCUUCUUUCGGGACUGUGGCUUGGAGUUCUAUAGUGGUGAAAAGGCGGAGUCCUUGGAGCUGCGCUGCCAGAUCUUCAUGCUGCGCCUGCGCAAGGUUUCCACGCUAGCUUUGGAGCCAGCCAAGUCACUGAGACGUGGUAGCGGAAUCUUAGGUUCCGCCAACUCCAGUUCUUCAGCAGGUUCUGGUGGCGAGCAGAUCAUCUCCCGCUUUCGCCUACAUGCUUCUUUCAAACUACAAGCCAUGGACUUGGCACCCUUUCAGCUGGUGGCCAGUGAAACGAGAUCCAGCGAUAAGAUAUGCCUGCGCAGCUCGCGAUCCUGGCGAUUGCCCUUAACUGCUCACACCAAAUCCACGAAUCUGGGCCCGGCGAUAUCUAUUACUGGAAGAGUGGAUUUACGGCUACCCAAGGCCCGUUUCUCUGGCUAUCUGAAUGUUCAGGACCCGAAGAGCAGACACAACUGGAACCGAAGAUGGUGCAGCCUAGAUGGCGUGCACUUGUCCGUUUGGCCACAUGAGCAUAAUCUAGGAGAUGAAUUACCCCUUUUUUCGCUGGAACUGCCAGGAUGCGGGCAGUCUUCGAUAGCAGCAGCACCUCGCGAACUUUGUGCCCGGGCCAGAAGCUUUUUGCUGCAAGGAAAGGAAUCUGAUUACGAAGCGGGAGUGUUCUUUGCCGCCGAUACUCAAUCGGAACUUUUGGAAUGGCUAGCGCACUUAAAUGAGGCUCUGGAAUUCGCCAGGCACUGGCUAAAUUCCACCUGACAGCAGUUGCAUUCCCUAGAGAUUUUUAUUUUUAUAUGUGUUGAAGUUUUCUAUUUAUAUUUGCUAAUAUUUAAGUUAUGCCCAAACAUUUCCGUUAAUUGUAAAUUAGAUUGUUUGCCAUGCAAACUUGCCGCUCGAAUAUCUAACAUAGGGCUAGAAUACAAGUUUUUUUUGCUUAGGUUUAAGAACAUAUCUAUGAGAACAUUCCUUGGCCUUUAGGGGAAAUAGUCAUUGGAUCUGAACCAUCUAACCCCCGUGUUCAGUGGGCUUGCCGUUCACGUCACAACAACAACAGUUUAUUACAUACAUAUUUUACAUGGGCUACUAUAAGUUGAUAAGAUACAGAUACGAUUAUAUAUUUGAUAUAGGUUACAAUAUGAUACACAAGUAUGUUUAUAUGCGCUGGUUGCCCCCGGUUAUCUGCGGAAUCGGUUAUCCAUGCUCACACAUCCCCACAUCCUCACAUUCGUGCCUAGUUAGUGCCUACGCAUAACUAUUACAUUUAAGUAUAUGUACUAUUUAAGCUGCUUUGUAAUUUCGUUUUCGUUUGCUCAUUACAGUGCAAAACAUAAGA